CCAAAGCGGCUGCCCUAGGGCAGGAGGCGGGCCCGGGGUGGGGCCGCGCGUCCCUGUCUUGUCUGGUCCUGUUCCCGGGCUCCCUGCUCGGGCUGCGGGGCAGUGCGCGCGGGAAGGGCUGCGACCAGAGUGACUCUGGCUGCGGAUACGUGCCCUUGUACUCGGUUGGUCAAGGAUCCCGCAGUCUAGUCGGCGCUAUGGCGGCUGCCGGCGCCCGAGGCCUGCGGGCCACAUAUCACCGGCUCCUCGACCGAGUGGAACUAAUGCUGCCAGAAAAACUGAGACCGCUCUACAACCACCCGGCAGGUCCCAGAACAGUUUUUUUCUGGGCUCCCAUUAUGAAAUGGGGGUUGGUAGGUGCUGGAUUGGCUGACAUGGCAAGACCUGCAGAAAAACUCAGCACAGCUCAGUCUGCUGUUUUGAUGGCUACAGGACUAAUUUGGUCAAGAUACUCACUUGUAAUUAUUCCAAAAAAUUGGAGUCUCUUUGCUGUUAACUUCUUUGUUGGGGCAGCCGGAGCCUCUCAGCUCUUUCGUAUUUGGAGGUAUAACCAAGAACUAAAAGCUAAUGCAAACAAAUAAAAGAGUUCCUGGCCCACCUGGAUGUGGGCAAUAACCACUGGGACCUAAUUUGAUUCAUUACUUGGUUAUUGAUAAGGUGAUGUUAAUGAUGCUUGCACUUGGGAGGUAUAAACAAAACUAUAAUUGGUAACUACUACUUGAUACAAAAGAAAAAUAAAGCAUACUUAAUAACAGUG